ACGGUAUAUUUACCCAGGGUAGCCACUUCAGUUCCGAAAACUGUUCUCCCAGCGGGCCCUGCUAUUAUUAUUACCCGGCUAAGCUAGGCUACCUAUCAGGUGCACACAGCUUUUUGAGGAAUUACUUCCUGCCGGUAACCAUUUACCUCACCUGGGUCGAGUGCAGCACACUGGAUGAAUUCCUUGCUGAAGGAAAUUACGCCAUGGCUGGGAUUUGAACCCACGACCCUGUUUCAAAGUCCGGAGACUAAUCCAUUGGGCCACGACUCUCCACAUUAUAGAUGCAUUACAUGUAUAGAUGAUCAUUGGUGGCUAGUUCAUGGUUGUAUUAAAAGAUAUGAGGAUGACGUAUUUCAAAAUGAUGUAAGCAUGGAUACUCAACUAUGCGUACUUGGGUUGAUGUACAUGCUAUGUAGAUGCAUUCUACCUUGUGCACAAAUUACUAAAGAUUUACCUGCAAGGAUACUGCAUUUAAACAGGGACAACGCAGGGUAUCAAAAUUGAAUGUAGCUGAAAUCAUUCCAUAUUUUUGAUUUUCACUUGGCAAGACAGCUUUAUAUCAGGGAAAUUCCAUAAAAUAUGUACAUCCGACCCCCUAUAUGUAGGACGACCUUCAUGAAAUUUUCUGUCUAUGAUUUCUUGUUCUUCUGACAGUCUGUAAUGACUUGGUCACUUUAUGAAGUAAAGUAAGACUUGAGAAAAAUGGGGGUCUGACAUACAAAAAAAGAUUGAUCAUUUUAUAGAAUUGCCCAUCAGCUACAUGUACAUGUAGAAUCAGAAACUAACAUUAUGACUUCAAAUCAAAGAUCCACAACAUGACUAAAUUUGAAGAACUCUUUGUUACUUUGUACUUUUCACCUUCGUAUUACUACAUGUAUGUGUGUUUUGGAACUUUGGAUGCAUGAUUUUCUGUGAAAGUGCAUUUUAAAAUAAAGGACAAUUAUAUAAUAGCAUUGGCUCCGGGAAAGGGUACCAUGUUGUACAUGUACUGUACAUCUCAAUCUACUGUAUUUAACGGAACAUUUCAACUAUAGUAUGAUUUGUGUUUUUAUUGUGUAGUGUUAUUGGCAUAACAGGUGAAUGGUAGAUUGUGACCAGGCUAAAGUGCUUGAAAAGGAAAUAAUUCCAGUAGAAUGUAGAUCAGGACCCUUUCAUGAGAGGCCGUCUGAUUGGAUGUCCUUAUGCAUAAUGUAAUAUCAUCCAAGUGCCAGCUCAAUUCAGGAGAAAAAAAAGAAGAUUUUCCCCUUAAAGCAGUACAGCUAUUUGGCACAUCAAUUCAUUUCUCAAUUAACUGUUUAAACAAUCAAACAAGAUAUGGUUGAUUACCUGUAUAAUCUAAAUGUGAGAAAAACCCUUUUACAAAUGUAAAAAUGAGAAAAGAGUCCAUGAAAAUUUUAUUUUCUUUUUCUUUUUUUGUUGUUGUAAUUUUUAAUGUUUAUUCCUUACUGAUAUUUGAAAUGCUUCUAUGUACCUUUCUCUCUCCUUUCCUAAACACAAUUAAUGAAAAUUCAAUAGUGUUUUUAGCUUGGUUGCAUGUAUAUUGUGAAAGGUCCUGUGAGCAAAGAUGUCAAAAAGGAACAUUAAUUUUAUAUCAUAUUAUUGGCCUAAUGUCUGAAUUUGUUGCUAUGGUAACUACAUGUAGCUUGUUGUACCAUACACAAAGAAAUGUAAUCGUUCAAUCAAUAUUAUCUUUGAAUCUAAUGUUUGAAACAGGAACCGCGCAGUGUAUUUUGAAUUAUAAACAUUGUGCCUACACAUUCAAACUCACUUUAAAUCUUCGGAAGGGCAACCUGUGGUUGUAACGUUCUGUGCUGUGUAUGUGUAUCAACAUUGCUUUGUUUUGCACACAAUGAUUCAGACCAGGAAUUACAUGCCAAGACGAAAACAGGAAAUUAUGUCAUUAUUUUCAAACAUUUUGUCAUUAUUUCUCCGUCUCUGUUUUCCUCUCUGCCACCCUCUACUGUAGGUCCGCCAAAAAUGAGCUCACAGUGGUCGGAUCCACAGAGUUAUACCGAUAGUCCGCCCGCACCACCCGUUCGAGUUUCCAGCAGCAACAGUCGCGAAGCCCGCUUCGACGUCAUGAAUCCCGGCUCCAAGCCCCUCCCCAACACACCCCCUGAAGAACAGAAGAAAGGAACGAAAUGGAUGAAAAAUAUACUUAAAGGAGGAAAGAGUGAAGAGAAAGGUCAAAGAACGAGACCAGAGAUUUCACUACCCACAAAGUUUGAGCAUACUGUCCAUGUGGGCUUCGAUAACAUCACAGGAGAGUUCACGGGCAUGCCAGAGAAAUGGGCCCAGCUCCUGUCCACAUCACAGAUCUCCAAGACAGAACAGAAGAACAAUCCCCAGGCUGUGCUCGAUGCCCUCAAGUUCUACGAUGACUCGACGACAGGCAGCGAUAAAUUCAUGACACAACAUAAAGUUAUACUUGCAAAUACUAAUAAACAAUCAUUUGAAGAUUCAUUUGAGCAUCAAGCCUCAAUUACACCGAAACCACCUUUAACACCGAGGCAAGACGAUGAUGAUUUUGAAGAUGAUGAUGCUGAACCUCCUGCAAUCGCCCCACGUCCAGCCCACUCACAAUCAAGAUAUUAUUCAAGAAUAGAACAAACACCGCCCGAGCCCUCACCCCCGAGCCCCGCCCCAGUCCAACCACCCCCGUCCAAUGCAACCAAUGCCACCACACAAGCACAGCAGGAGCGUAGGGAGAAGAAGAACAAGAAGAAGAUGUCAGAUGAGGAGAUCUUAGAGAAACUCAGAUCGAUUGUCAGUGUUGGAGAUCCAAAGAGGAAGUACACUAAGUUUGAGAAGAUUGGCCAAGGAGCAUCAGGUGUUGUCUACACAGCCAUUGAGGUUGCCACAGGUCAAGAGGUUGCCAUCAAACAGAUGAACCUCCAGCAACAGCCAAAGAAGGAGCUGAUUAUCAACGAGAUCUUGGUUAUGCGUGAAAACAAACAUCUCAACAUUGUAAACUAUUUGGACAGCUACCUGGUUGCAGAUGAACUAUGGGUUGUUAUGGAGUUCUUGGCUGGAGGUUCACUAACAGAUGUUGUAACAGAAACGUGUAUGGAUGAAGGCCAGAUUGCUAGCGUAUGCAGAGAGUGUUUGCAAGCCUUGCAGUUCUUGCAUCAAAGACAUGUAAUUCAUCGUGACAUCAAGAGUGAUAACAUUCUACUGGGAAUGGAAGGGAACGUCAAAUUGACCGAUUUUGGUUUCUGCGCCCAGAUCACGCCGGAGCAGAGCAAGAGAACGACGAUGGUCGGCACACCCUAUUGGAUGGCUCCGGAGGUCGUGACCCGGAAGCAGUACGGACCAAAGGUCGAUAUUUGGUCACUGGGUAUCAUGGCGAUCGAGAUGAUCGAGGGUGAACCCCCAUAUCUGAAUGAAAAUCCUCUUAGGGCCCUCUACUUAAUUGCCACGAAUGGUACUCCAGACAUCAAUAACCCAGAGAGGUUAUCAACAAGCUUCCGAAGUUUCCUUGCCAAGUGCCUUGAGACCGAUGUAGACAAGAGAGCAGAUGGGGAGACAUUACUAAAGCAUCCGUUCUUGAGUACAGCCAAGCCCCUCACUUCACUCAAACCUCUCAUCCUCGCUGCCAAGGAUGCCCAGAAGCAUUAAUCACAGCUCAUCGUUGUUACCAUGGCAACGCAAACAUCCAUGUCAUCUUCGCCUCGUCUUCUGAGGAAAUUCUUUGGAGCAUAGGGGGAAACUGAUGCAACAAGCAAUCUAGAGCUUUGCCCAUGAUCAUCAGUUUGCCUCCGUGAAAUUGCUCUAUUUUUAAUGAAACUGAAGACAAAUGAUUAUUAUCAUGCUAUUAUGAUGAUUUCCUUUUUUUUUGGUAAAUAUUUGACGUACAAAUCAGAUAAUAUAUUUCAAGGAUGGUGAUUGGUUUCGAUAAUUUACAUUUUUUUUUUCUACCUUAUAGAAAAUACGACUGUACCUUGGUUGUUAAGGGACUCUCGCACCUUUUUUAGCCAGUAUAAGCUGACGUACAUAUAGCAAGCCGUUUUCUCAUAUAAUUAUAUAUUUUCCAUACAAAGAUCUGCCUUUUGUUAACAACACAAAAUGACUUCUUAAAAACGGUUAUUCAUUUCUUGGUAUUUUGUAUUGUUGGCAAAAGGAAAUUCUUGAUUUCAAGAAUGGAAUGGUUGAUAUAAAGAAAUAGAAUUAAAUGAGCAAAUGGCUUGUCAUACAUAGGUCGGCAUACUCUGGCUUGCCAUACAUCCAGGUUUGCGGGUCCCUUUAGAUAAUGGCAACUUAAAACUGUUAACAAAGUUUUUGGUAGUCAAAUUAUUUAAUUUUCUUCACUUUUUGAUAUACUAAAAACCAUUAUGGUAUUAGUAUUCUUUUGUAUUGUUCUCCCUAUUCUACAUGAAAAUGACAAAAAGUCUAGAUUUUCAUGCCCUUUUCCCUCAUUAAGUCCCUCUGCACACAAAAUAUCAGAAGCUCAGUAAUUCUGUGGGAUAAUUAAAUCUAAACUAAAUAAAAUAUUUAGAUGAAAGAUAUAUUUUUAUACAAAGAAACAAAAAAUUGAAUUCCACUUUCAUUAUUUACAUAAUUAGCACAAAAUAAUUUUUGAAGAGUUGCAAACACAUCAUGAGGUAAUGAUAAAUCAAUAUGACUUCAUAAUAUUAUACAGAUAUUGCCUACCUAGAGUUUGAAUAUAACAUUUCCUCUCCCUGACGGAGUUAUAUUUUUCCCAAGGGAUUAUAUUUUGCCGAAGUGCGCAGCGCUGAGGGAAAAUAUUAUCUCGAGGGAAAAAUAUAGCUUCGGAGGGGAGUUGAAAUGUUAUUUAUUAAAACGAUAGACCAGGCAAUAUCUGUUAUAUUAUAUAGUCUAUGUGGAUUCGCCAUCAGAAAUUGCAUUCAUCAUCUGGCUCAAACCCGAAAUUCUUGCUACAGCUCUAAUCCAUCUACGUCAUAAUAGAUUUUUUUUUUGAAAA